AUGGGAUUUGGCAGGUUUUAAACCAUGGAGAUACCGAUGUAUUGGAUUUGGGUUUGUGUCCUGUUCAACGUGCCGCUUGUGGGAUGUCUGGAGAUACACCUUUCGGAGACUUUACAGCCCGGGACCAUUUUGGCAAACCUGUCUCUUGGCCCAGGAUGGACUUAUAAAAUUGACAGGACUUUAUCCCCCAAAUCCAUUCAGAACUUUUUCCAAGUUGAGUGGCAGAAGGGGGUCGUCCGUCUGUCCUCAAAAGUCAAAUGUGCGCACAUAUUGAGGAACCCGGCGCCCGUUUAUUUCACAGCGGGCUCCAUGACAUCUGGAGACGUUAUUUUGACACAUUUCAAUGUGUUUGUACACGGUCAGGACUGUUUUAUAAAAUACAAGAGAAAGAAGACGGCAGGUAAGCCCGAUGUUCACAUAAAUCACCUCUCAGAACUGGAAGCAACUUCCUGCUUAUCCGCAGGUAAAUUGCUUUUGAAUGUAACAAAACUUUUGCCUGCCUGUGCGCGGAACGUUGCGCUUUUGGAUACUCUGUGUGUGGGAAAGGACUUCAGUGCAGUUUUCAAGCAUGGGGAUUUGUUCCUAGCCAAUGACUUAUGUCCUGAGCACAGAGGGCAGCCCGAGGUGAAUUUGCACUGCGCGUUGCACAGCUCUCCAAGCGGCCGGGUCUCAGCACAACUGAGUUUGAGGCUUGUGAAAGCGCCUGAGCAACAUGGUUCCUUGUCAGAAGCCGUCCAGAGAAAGCUUGGGAAACGGAGCCGCAGAGGGAAGAGAAGCGUGAACACGCCUCCGCAGUUCCAGCUCCCCAGCUAUCAGGUGUCUGUGCCCGAGAAUGAGCCGGCGGGUACGCGCGUAAUCACCCUGAAAGCCACUGAUCCAGACGAUGGAGAGGCGGGGAGGCUGGAAUAUGGCAUGGAGGCUCUGUUUGACAGCAGGUCCAAUGACUUUUUCAUCAUCAACUCACAGACAGGUAGCAUAACUACAGUCCAGGCACUAGACAGAGAGGUGAAAGACACUCAUGUGUUUAAAGUCACAGUCACUGACAAUGGCAACCCAAAACGAUUCGCCAAUUCUUUUCUCACUGUGACUGUGAGUGAUACCAACGACCAUGGGCCGGUGUUUGAGCAAACAGAAUACCGAGUCAGCAUUCGGGAGAAUGUAGAAGUGGGCUUUGAAGUGAUGACUAUCCGUGCAACUGAUGGGGACGCGCCCUCCAAUGCCAACAUGAUUUAUAAAAUUAUAAACGAUGAUGGGAUCAACUCUGUGUUUGAAAUUGACCCCCGGAAUGGGCUGGUUCGGAUCAGAGAGCGGCCGGACCGAGAGACCAGGGCCAAGUAUCAGCUCAUUGUUGAGGCCAAUGAUCAAGGUAAAGACCCAGGUCCUCGAAGUGCCACGGCCACUGUCCACAUCUCUGUGGAGGAUGAGAAUGACAACUACCCACAGUUCAGUGAGAAGAGAUACGUUGUACAGGUCCCAGAAAAUGUGGCUGUCAAUACUAAAAUUAUCCAGGUGGAGGCUACCGACAAAGACGAGGGGAACAAUGCCAAAGUCCAUUACAGCAUCAUCAGUGGCAACAUCAAGGGACAGUUCUACAUCCAUUCCCCCACUGGUGUCAUUGAUGUCAUUAAUCCUCUGGACUAUGAAAUGAUUCGGGAGUAUAAUUUGCGGAUUAAGGCUCAGGAUGGAGGCCGGCCUCCACUGAUAAAUGGCACAGGGAUGGUGGUGGUCCAAGUGGUGGAUGUGAAUGACAAUGCCCCCAUGUUUGUCAGCACCCCCUUCCAGGCUACUGUGUUGGAAAAUGUGGCAAUUGGUUAUUCUGUCAUCCACAUCCAGGCAAUCGAUGCUGAUUCAGGGGAAAAUGCCCGUCUGGAGUACCGGCUUACAGACACCACGCCCGGUUUCCCAUUCACCAUCAACAACAGCACAGGCUGGAUCACAGUGAGCAUUGAGCUUGACAGGGAGACCACUGAGUUCUACACCUUUGGCGUGGAGGCCAGGGAUCAUGGGAUACCUGUGAUGACCUCCUCAGCCAGCAUCAGCAUCACAGUACUUGAUGUGAAUGACAAUGUGCCCACUUUCACGGAGAAGAUCUACUCACUGAAGAUUAAUGAAGAUGCUCUGGUGGGGACCAGCGUACUGACCGUUACAGCCGUGGACAGAGAUGUUAACAGUGUGGUGACCUAUCAAAUAUCCAGUGGCAACACCAGGAACCGCUUUGCUAUCACCAGCCAGAGCGGUGGUGGCCUCAUCACCUUGGCGCUGCCCCUGGACUACAAGCAGGAACGGCAGUAUGUCCUGACAGUCACCGCCUCUGACGGAACACGCUACGACACGGCUCAAGUGUUCAUCAAUGUGACAGAUGCCAACACGCAUCGGCCCGUCUUCCAGAGUGCCAACUACCAGGUGAUGAUCAGUGAGGAUCGACCUGUGGGCUCCACCGUGGUGGUGAUCAGCGCCACAGACGAGGACACAGGGGAGAACGCUCGCAUCACAUAUGUGAUGGAGGACAAUGUUCCCCAGUUUAAAAUCGACCCGGAUACUGGUGCCAUCACAACCCAAAUGGAAAUAGACUAUGAAGACCAGGUCUCAUAUACAUUGGCUAUCAUUGCCAGAGACAAUGGCAUCCCUCAGAAGUCUGACACCACCUACGUGGAGAUUAUGAUUCUUGAUGCUAAUGAUAAUGCUCCUCAGUUCCUCAGGGAUAUGUAUCAGGGGACUGUACUUGAGGAUGCACCUCUCCUCACCAGCGUUCUCCAGAUCUCCGCUUCAGACAGAGACUCUGGCUCCAAUGGAAGGGUGAGCUAUACUUUCCAAGGUGGUGAUGAUGGAGAUGGCGAUUUCACCAUCGAGACCUAUUCUGGUAUCAUCAGAACAAAUCGCAAGCUGGACAGGGAGAAUGUGCCUGUAUACAACCUGAAGGCUUUUGCUGUGGAUAAGGGGUUUCCCCCUCUGAAAGCACCCAUCUCCAUUCACAUAGUGGUUCAAGACAUAAAUGACAAUGCUCCAGUGUUUGAGAAGGACGAGCUGAUCAUUGAUGUGGAGGAGAACAGCCCGGUGGGGUCCAUUGUGGCCCGAAUUAGUGCCACUGACCCUGACGAGGGCACCAACGCUCAGAUUAUGUAUCAGAUUGUGGAGGGCAAUAUUCCAGAAGUUUUCCAGCUGGAUAUUUUCAAUGGCGAUCUCACUGCCCUCACAGACCUGGAUUACGAGGCCAGAACAGAGUACGUCAUCGUUGUCCAGGCCACCUCUGCACCACUGGUGAGCCGGGCCACUGUGCGCAUCCGCCUGGUGGAUGUAAACGACAAUCAUCCAGUGCUGGAGAACUUUGAGAUUAUUUUCAACAACUAUGUCACCAAUAAAUCCAACAGUUUUCCAUCGGGGGUAAUAGGCAAGGUACCAGCUCAUGACCCUGACGUUUCGGAUAAGCUACACUACAUGUUUGAAUCUGGGAAUGAGCUCAGUCUGCUGCUGUUGAACGAGGACACCGGGGAUCUGAGGCUGAGCAGGGAUCUGGACAAUGACAGGCCUCUGGAGGCACCCAUGAGAAUCUCUGUCACAGAUGGUAUCCACCGGGUCGUGGCCCACUGCACGCUGCGCGUCACCAUCAUCACCGACGACAUGCUGACCAACAGCAUCACCGUCCGCCUGGAGAACAUGUCCCAGGAGCGCUUCCUCUCGCCCCUGCUUACCCUCUUCCUGGAGGGCGUGGCCGCUGUGCUCUCCACCAAUCGGGAUGCCGUGUUUGUCUUCAACAUCCAGAAUGACACCGACGUGCGUGGCUCCAUCCUGAACGUGACCUUCUCGGCGCUGCAGCCGGGGGGCGCCCCGGGCAGAGGGAGGUACUUCCCUUCAGAGGAGCUGCAGGAGCAGAUUUACCUCAACAGGACUUUGCUCAGGCUCAUAUCUUCCCAGCAGGUGCUUCCAUUUGACGACAACAUCUGCCUCCGGGAGCCCUGUGAGAACUACAUGAAAUGCGUCUCGGUGCUGAAGUUCGACAGCUCCCCUCCCUUCAUUUCGUCCGACACGGUUCUGUUUCGGCCCAUCCACCCCAUCAACGGGCUGCGCUGCCGCUGCCCCGCCGGUUUUACCGGGGACUACUGCGAGACCGAGAUCGACCUGUGCUACUCAGGGCCGUGCAGGAACAACGGGAAGUGCCGCAGCCGAGAGGGGGGGUACACCUGCGAGUGCCAGGAGGAUUUCACCGGCGAGCACUGCGAGGUGAACGCCCGGUCCGGCCGGUGCGUCCCGGGUGUGUGUAAAAAUGGCGGGAAGUGUGUUGACCUGCUGGUGGGCGGCUUCAUGUGCCAGUGUCCUCCGGGCGAGUACGAGAAGCCCUACUGUGAGAUGACCACCCGCAGCUUCCCCGGCCAGUCCUUCAUCACCUUCAGAGGCCUCAGGCAGAGGUUCCACUUCACCGUCUCCUUCAUGUUUGCCACCAGAGAGAGGAACGCCCUGCUCCUCUACAACGGCAGGUUCAACGAGAAACACGACUUCAUUGCCCUGGAGAUCAUCGACGAGCAGAUUCAGCUCACCUUCUCUGGAGGAGAGACGAAGACCACGGUGUCGCCCUUCGUCCCAGGCGGGGUCAGCGACGGCCAGUGGCACUCUGUCCAGCUUCACUACUACAACAAGCCUAACAUCGGUCGCCUGGGCAUCCCGCACGGACCCUCGGGAGAGAAGGUGGCUGUGGUUGCCGUGGACGACUGCGACAUCUCCAUGGCGAUCCGCUUUGGCAACCAAAUCGGCAACUACUCCUGCGCUGCCCAGGGCACCCAGACGGGACAGAAGAAAUCACUGGAUCUGACUGGACCGCUGUUGCUAGGCGGAGUCCCCAACCUGCCUGAGGAUUUCCCGGUCAGGAACAGAGACUUUGUGGGCUGCAUGAGAAACCUCAGCAUCGACAGCAAGCCCACCGACAUGGCCAGCUUCAUCGCGAACAACGGCACCACGGCAGGUUGUCCAGCCAAGAAAAACUUCUGCAUGAAGGAUGUGUGUCAGAACGGAGGAGUGUGUGUCAACAAGUGGAACACCUACGGCUGUGACUGUCCCACCGGCUACGGCGGCAAGAACUGCGAACAAGUGAUGCCGUCCCCCCAGUUCUUUGACGGCCAGGCGAUGGUGUCGUGGAGUGAGCUGGACAUCACCAUCGCUGUGCCGUGGUACCUGGGCCUCAUGUUCCGCACCAGGCAGCCCACAGGCACCCUGGUGCAGGCCAACGCCGGGCCCUCCUCCACCAUCAGCCUCAUGGUGAGUGAGCAGCAGCUUCGUAUGGAGGUGCUGCUGAGGGAGCGGCUGGUGGCGUCGCUGGUCUUCUCGCAGGUCCGAGUCAACGACGGCGAGUGGCACAACCUUCUGCUCGAGCUGAGCAGCGUGAAAGACGGCAAGGACAUCAAAUACAUGGCCAGCGUGUCCCUGGACUACGGCAUGUACGAGAAGUCAGUGGAGAUCGGUAAUGACCUCCCAGGUCUGAAGCUAAAAACUCUUUUUGUCGGGGGUUUGCCUGGCGACGGUAACCAUGUCAACAAGGGCUUCACUGGCUGCAUACAGGGUGUGCGCAUGGGUGAGACGUCCAACAAUGUGGGCAACGUGAACAUGGCUCAGGGCCUGAAGAUCCAUGUGGAGGAGGGCUGCGAGCUGGCCGACCCCUGUGACUCCAACAUCUGCCCCGAGCACAGUCACUGCAGCGACGACUGGAGCACACACACCUGCGUCUGCGAUCCAGGUUACUUUGGUAAAGAGUGUGUGGACGCUUGUGCGCUCAACCCCUGCGAGCACAUCUCCACCUGCGUUCGCAAACCCAGCUCCUCCCACGGCUACACCUGCGAGUGCGGACAGAGCUACUACGGCCAGUACUGCGAAAACAAGGCGGAGAAGCCGUGUCCCCGAGGCUGGUGGGGGAGUCCCAUGUGUGGACCCUGCAACUGUGACGUCAGCAGGGGAUUUCACCCAGAAUGCAACAAGACCACUGGAGAGUGUCGCUGCAAGGAUAACUACUAUCGUCCAGAGGGCGACGACACCUGCCACCCCUGCGAGUGUUUCGCUGUGGGCUCCGAGUCUCGAACCUGCGACCCGCAGACCGGCCAGUGCCCCUGCAAGGGUGGCGUCAUCGGCCGCCAGUGCAACCGCUGUGACAACCCUUUCGCCGAAGUCACUGGCAGUGGCUGCGAGGUGGUGUACGAGGGCUGUCCCAAGGCGUAUGAUGCAGGCAUCUGGUGGCCCAAGACCAAGUUUGGACGCCCGGCCGCCAUGAACUGUCCCAAAGGAUCCAUCGGUACGGCCAUCCGCCACUGCAACGAUGAGAAAGGCUGGCUGCCGCCGGAGCUCUUCAACUGCACUACCGUCACCUUCUUCCAUCUGAAGAAACUGAACGAGGACCUGCGUCGCAACGGCUCGAGGAUGGACAGCGAACGCUCCAAGACCAUCGUGCGCCUGCUUCACAGCGCCACCAACAACACCGAUCGUUACUACGGCAACGACGUGAAGACGGCGUCCCAGCUGCUGAAUCGGGUGCUGCAGUACGAGAGCCAGCAGGCGGGAUUUGAACUCACUGCCAUGAGGGACGCCGAGUUCAAUGAGAACUUGGUGCGAGCCGGCAGCGCCAUCCUGGAUCCUGACAACAAGGAGCACUGGGAUCAGAUUCAGAGGACGGACGGCGGCACCGCCCAUCUGCUCCGCAACUUCGAGGACUACGCCAACACGCUGGCGCAGAACGUCAGGAAAACCUACCUGAAACCCUUCACCAUCGUCACCGACAAUAUGAUUGUAACGGUGGACUACCUGGACGUGUCGGACCCAGAGAGAGCGACGUUCCCUCGGUUCCAGGAGAUCCAGGAGGCCUUUCCCAAAGAGCUCGGGUCGUCCGUGCACUUCCCCAAGUUUAACAUCCGACCUCAGGAUCAAAGAGUGGAGCCCAGCCCUGCCCCAUCAGGCCGGACUGAGCCGCCCGAGGAAGAAGAGCACACGGUGGCCAACAGGAAACGCCGCCACGCCGAGCCCCCCGCCCCCCUUCCAGUUGCCGUGGUGAUAGUGUACAGGUCGCUAGGCCAGCUCCUACCAGAGAGAUACGAUCCUGACCGCAGGAGCCUCAGGCUGCCCAACCGCCCGGUGAUCAACACGGCCAUCGUGAGCGCCGCCGUGCACAGCGAGGGUCCGCCCCUCCCCGCCACCCUGGACCCGCCCAUCACCCUGGAGUACACCCUGCUGGAGACCGAGGAGCGGAGCAAGCCCGUCUGUGUCUUCUGGAACCACUCCAUCGCGAUCGGAGGGACAGGUGGUUGGUCGUCUAAGGGCUGCGAGCUGCUCAACAGGAACAACAGCCACAUCAGCUGUCAGUGUAACCACAUGACCAGCUUCGCCGUGCUCAUGGACAUCUCCAAGAGAGAGCAUGGUGACGUGCUCCCUCUGAAGAUCGUCACCUACACCACAGUGUCGGUCUCGCUGUUCCUCCUCCUCCUCACCUUCAUCCUGCUCUGCCUGCUCCGCCGGCUGCGCUCCAACCUCCAUGCCAUCCACAGAAACCUGGUGGCUGCGCUCUUCUUCUCCGAGCUCGUCUUCCUGCUCGGCAUCAACCAGACCGACAACCCGUUUGUGUGCACGGUGAUAGCCAUACUCCUCCACUUCUUCUACAUGUGCACGUUCGCCUGGAUGUUCGUGGAGGGCCUGCACAUCUACCGCAUGCUGACCGAGAUGCGAAACAUCAACCACGGCCACAUGAGGUUCUACUACGCCAUGGGCUGGGGCAUCCCGGCGAUUAUCACAGGCCUGGCUGUGGGCCUCGAUCCUCAGGGCUACGGGAACCCAGAUUUCUGCUGGUUGUCCGUCCACGACACGCUUAUCUGGAGCUUUGCUGGGCCCAUUUUUGUAGUUGUCCUGGUGAACAUCGUCAUCUUUAUGCUGGCUGCCAAGGCCUCCUGUGGUCGCCGGCAGAAAGCCUUCGAGAAGUCAGGAGCUAUUUAUGCGCUGCGUAUGGCCUUCCUCUUGCUGUUGCUCAUCAGCGCCACCUGGCUGCUGGGUCUGAUGGCGGUCAACAGUGACGUCAUGACCUUCCACUACCUGUUCGCCGUCUUCAGCUGUCUCCAGGGAGUCUUCAUCUUCUUCUUCCACGUGAUCUUCAACAAAGAGGUCAGGAAGAACCUGAAGAACGUCUUCACGGGAAAGAAGAGCGUACCAGACGAGUCCAGCACCACCAGGGCCUCGCUGCUCACUCGCUCUCUCAACUGCAACAACACGUACACGGACGACGGGCCACUGUACCGCUCGGCCAUCGGGGAGUCCACCGUCUCCUUGGAGAGCACGCUCAGGUCAGCCAAGAGCCGCAGCAGCUACCUGGCUUACACACUCAGGGAGGAAUCGGGUCAGAAGCCCAGCGUUUCUUCAGGAACGGCUAAAGGACACACAGAUCUGGAUGGACCUCUGUUCCAUAGAAACGGCACCAAGGGAGACGACUCCGACUCGGACAGCGAGUUGUCAGUGGACGAGCACAGCUCCUCCUACGCCUCCUCCCACUCCUCCGACAGCGAGGACGACGACAUCGACAUCAAGCCAAAGUGGAACAACGAGAGGCAGCCCGUUCACAGCACACCCAAAGUGGAUUCGGUGUCCAAUCACGUGAAACCUUACUGGCCGACGGAGGCCACGACAGCCAGUGACAGCGAGGAUCCCGGCGGGGUGGAGAGGCUGCGGGUGGAGACCAAGGUGAACGUGGAGCUGCACCCGGAGAAUAAGCUCAACCAUGUAGGCGAAAGAGAGAGGGAGACGCCCCAGGAGAGAGACAGGGAGGGGCCCGCUAAUGCUAAAGAAACAGCGCCACCCAGCCAGCCCAACAGCAACACCAACCAGCAGCCAGAACAGAGAAAAGGGAUCUUGAAGAAUAAGAUCAGCUACCCGCCGCCGCUGACCGACAAGAACAUGAAGAACCGUCUGAGGGAGAAGCUGAGCGAUUACAACCCCCCCACCAUCACCUCCCCUCCGCCCAACAACAACAACACCACCGCCAGCUCCCCGCCUCCCCCCUCCGUCAACAUCAUGACCCCUUCGUCCCGGCCGCCCUCGCUGGCGUCCAACGACGGCGUCCGUCCCGUUAGCCACGGCAACACCUCCGUCAUCAAGCCACCGGUCGCCCCGCGGCCGCAGAUCCCCGUCCCGCCACAGGCGACCAUCUACAGGGAGACAAAUGGCGGCGUGGCCAUGCACCUAAAGUCGGGCACGGUCAACGGAGGCAACGACUCCGACUCCGACGGCAGUAAUGAGACUUCGAUCUGACCUGUUAGGAAAACCCAGACCAGCCUGCCCUUGUGAGAAGAGGAGGGAAGAACCUGCCGGGGGAAGAAAAGAGGAAUAUGAAACAAAAGACGAUAGAAGAAGGAAGAGAAUUGAAGAUUGGCUGAUUCAGGGGAGGGGGGUGCUCUGGAGGAAAGGAGAAGGUCCAAGUCCAUCCAUCCCUCCUCUCUUGUUCCCUCUCUCUGGAGAGCAGUAUUAACUGCAGACUUUCAGACUGCCUGAGAAACGCAAAAUGAACGUCAAAGAAAAGAUGUGAGAAAUUAUAAAGGGAAUGCAAAGUUGGACUAUAUCGAGAGAGGCUGUAAUGGAACCUCCUGUGCCAAAACCACUAAAGGAAAUAGGAGUGGAGAAUUAGAAGCAAAACAAAAACUCCAUCCCCCAGAAUGCACUGUGAGCCCUAGAAAGAGCAACGUCUUCCUCUGUCACGGUAAACUGGGGCCUGUCCCUAAAUCCAGAGCAAUGGGUAAAGUUAGGAAAAGGGCAGAAAAGGCGAAAAGCUAUAACCACUGUGUGCGGGCCAGGCUCAAAUACAUGCUGGUGCACUCCCGUUUGUUGGUUUAAAAGGACUACAAGACCCACAAUGCACUGGAGAUCCUCAACAGGAAGUUCUGCAUUGGACAGCUUAACCCAGCCAUAAAGCUGUACGUGCCUUCAUCCUAAAUGGCACAACCUGUUCUCACUGACUUCUCCUGCCUGUGGAUUUUAAGUAGUGCACGAUACGGGGACUUAAAAUUUGGGAUGCACCCCACUUGUCUAUACCGGACUGCACAGACUGCGCUAUCACACACACAUACACACACACACACACACACAAGUGCUCUUCUCCUAUCCAAACUCAGAGAGAAGCUUUCACUGCCUCUCGCUGCAGUGCAUUUAGAGUGUAAUUAACGUGUAGAUAUCCUAAAGGUGAAGAAUGAUCUAUUUUGUAUUUCAGCUGUAGCAAGGACAAGAGAGGACUGUUUGUAAACCGCAAGUCGAUCGCCUGUAUCAAGCCAGGAAGGUUUUCCAUUGGUUAAAAUCAUAUCAUAUGCUGAUUUAAUUGACUGAAAACAAUACCACGUCUGAGAGCAAACUUGUG